AUGUCUAACAGCCGUCCGCUAGCCUACACCCUGAGGAGACAUGAACACGAUGUCACCGCUUUGAAAAUCGUUAGUCAAGACCCAUUUCCGGUGCUGAUAUCGGGAGAUCGUAGUGGUCUUCUACUGGUAUGGGAUCUCAUCACUCGCCGACCUGUUGCAACCCACAAACUGGAAUCAAAAGCUCAAAUUAUCCACAUCGAUUGGGUCGAGAAAUAUGUUACUGUGCUAUCCAAGGAUCGUUGUCUUCGAUUCUUUACCUUACAUGAUGAGUGCGAUGCUGCACUGACCACCGAGGCUAAAAGAGGUUCAAUAGCGAACCAAAAAUUCAGCUUUGAAGAAGUGUAUUCUAUACCUGUGAAUACCUUGAAUUUUGCCAACGUUGCUAUUCAAACGCUAUCCAAUGGGCUCUUCAGACUGUGGUGUUGCAAUACGCAAGACCCGGAGAGUUUUGACGUCUAUACCUUUGACGUCAAAGACCAACAAUCUCUCAAACGUGAAUUCAAAGCCGUUAAUCUGUACAGCAUCCUGAUUGGAGCGACCAAUUGGGACCGCACUGCGUCUUUGGAGAAAAGUGGUCUUGUAAUGUCGUUUUUAGACGUUGACGGUGUGGUUUACGUUGGUUUCGAGAGCGGGUUCGUGGUUGGCAUACGUUAUAUCGAGCGUAACACAGCGGGGCCUUUACUUGCAAUGCUUCAUGCUUCUUCUGUGCAUUAUCCGGAACCUGUUCUGUCGCUCUGUAGCAGCGGUGACGGUCAGCGAGUCUACAGUUCGUCGACAACCAGAUUUGUGGGAGAGCAUGGCGUCGAUUAUAACUACAAGCCAGAAAGCGAGAGUAACGUUUAUUCUAACGGUAUAAGCUACAGCAGGGGCUAUUCACUGUGCAAUUCCAGUAUCGAGCUUGGAACCGCUGAAAUCGCACAUUUGGAGAGCAUCCAGAACUCAUUGGUGGCAUUGAAUUGGAGGGGACAAACUGUAGUUGCAAACAAACAAGAAUCUCGCGUUGUUGGCACAAAACUGCGAAGCAACCUUGUGGUGGAAGCGUCCAAUGUGGGAAGCUUUUCUGCAGACAAGAAAGCAAAGAUUUGGGUCAAAGCUAGUAGCAUUGUUUGUCUGGGUGCGAAUACCAUUUCCACAGACAAACCAUUGAACACCGGCUGCCGAAAACGGGUAUCUCAAGCAGCUACGAGAAACUGGACAUUCACAGGGUAUGAAGACGGCUCUAUAGUUAUGCAGAGUUUUGAGUUGUAA